UGCCAUGAAGGAUUCUUCAGAGAGUUAAGGAUGGGUAAUGGAGUUUUUAGCAUUCAACAUCAUGUUAAUGCAAGGGGCAGUUUUCUGCAGCUCUCUGAAUUCCGAAAUGGAAGGAGGAAAUGUUUGUUAGUGAUUCCGGAGGGCGCAAAUGGCAUUGGAUGGAAAGGCUUUCUGCAAUCCAUUCUAAGUGUCACUGAAUCUAAAGCCACUACUAGAAGUGGGGAGUUUGUUGAUGGAAGAAUAGUGGGAAGGCCUUCCUCAAUCAAAGGUGCUUCAUACGCAGCGGUGUUGAGGUCACUGGCGGGUAGUCAGGCCGAGAUCAACUCAGCGGUAGAAAGAAAGGGCAAUGCACUUGUAGGAGACAAAAGAUCUCAAGUGACAUUGGGUGAGUUGGAGGGAGGAGUUAUGGAUUAUGUAAGAGAUCUAAUGAUUAAAGUGGAUAAGGGGCUGGACCUAGUUGUGGGUACAAGUGUGCUACCAAGUGUGCCGGAAAGUGUGCAAGCAAAGGGUGUGUGGACGAUAGGGUCAUUGGACGCUGGCAUCUUUGUUCAUGCCAAUGUCACUAUGCCUUCUGAGGGAGCUGUAGGGUCUCAGGCACCAAUUGCAGAUGAAGUUGGUCCUUUUGUCCAGGGUUCAUUUGUAGUUGAAGAUGGGGGUCCCUCAAAGGUCUCGAGUAUUUUGGAAGAUACAGUCGAGGCUCUUUUUGAAAAUGCAAACUGGGGGCAACAGAAGGUAAUGCUUCCCCUCUUGAGGAAGCAGCACGGCAAGGAUCGUCGAGUGCCUCGUGUGGGGGAAGGUUCAGAAUUGGCGUUGGUGCCCUGUGUGGGGGAAGGUUUAGAGUUGGGAGCGCAGUCGAGUACUGUGGCUGGGGAUAAUGUCGUUCCCCUGGUUUCUCUUCCUCCAAUCAACGAUAUAGUGGGUUCAACAUCCGAUUGGCUUCUGAAUAAAGAUAACGGGUUUCUACAAACCCUGGGACUUUUAUAUGGAGAACAGGGAGAAUAUGAAGACCAAUUUAAAACACUUCUCACUGCAAUCGAGGCGAGCCACGCGCUUGAAACCAAAUCUAAGUUUAAGAAAAGCAGGGAGUUGAAGAAUCUUUCAUAG